ACAAAAUGAUCUUCCGUAUUAAAACUUAAAAAUGUCACGAGUUUGCUAAUUACAGAGGAAAUUGGGAUGACUUUGCAAACUGUUCGUCCUCACCAUCACACCAUCAGUGCCACAGCUUGGAGGUGGUGAGAAAGACGAUGUUGGAGAGCCAAAAGGAGGUGCAGGAUCUGCUUCCAGUCUAUGAUUUCUCCUCGGCAUCUUCACCGUACAAUCCUUGUUUACGUCCUUGUACCAAAUCCUCAAAUGCAAGAUCAUAAUGCAGUGGCCGAAGUGCAAAGCCUACAGUCCAUCUUGUUGGUUUCGACAUUACCAUUCUGUUAUAGGAACCAAAACAAAAACAAACAAAAAAACAACCCACCACUUUUCAUAAAGGAAAUAUAUCCGGGGAGGGAGUUGAUGACACGACAUCUGAUUAAACUUGGCUACGUUAGAUGUCCUUGUUUAUCACCCGAUUCCUCGGUCUGGACAGCUGCCUGUACUUUUCGUGGCUCCCUCGGGCCUGUGAACUUACUCUCACGGGGACGGGAUGAGCUGCUUAAGGAAACAGGCACCAACUUUCCUCGCGCGCACAGUGGCGGGGCGGAUCCCGGGGUCCCGGCGGGGAGGCCGCGCGCGGGCAGGUGACGGCCGCGGCGGGGCAGGAAGCACGGCGGGCGGGCGGAGCGGCGGCCGCCGAGGACCCGGGCCGCCGGCGCGGCGCCCCGCCCGGGCUGGUAUGCGGCCGAGAGUGACGCGGGAGGCGGGGUCACGUGACGCCCGUGGAAUGCCAACAAUGUAGCGAAUGUCCCACUUGGGUCUGCGCGUUGGAACCGCGGCGCGAGCGCCCUGGGAAGAUGGAGCAGCCGCCGCCCGCGCCACCGAAGCCGCCCGGGGCUCCCCCGUCCCCGCGGGGCCAGCAGCAGCUCCAGCCACCGGCGCCCGGUCUCCCGGCGCGCGAGGCCCCGGAGCCGCGGGCCAGGGCGCCCCCGAGGGUGUAGACCGCGCUCCCGGAGAGAGUGAUGGUUUUCAAAAUGAAGACUCUGGAAAAAUUUAGGUUCUCCAUAGGAAUUACAAAAUUUGAAGGAAAGAAUAUUUGCAAAAGGAAAUUGUUUUGAAAGUAUGUUUACAAUGAACUAUUGACAGGCUUUUUUUUUUUUAAUAAUAAAACCCUUUGAGAAGAUUGUAUUUAUGGUAAAAGGAAACUGGACUAACAAUGAGGCCAAAGACUUUUCCUGCCACAACUUACUCUGGAAAUAGCCGGCAGCGACUGCAAGAGAUCCGAGAAGGGUUAAAGCAGCCAUUUAAGUCUUCAGCCCAGAGCCUGCCUGUGGGACCAAACAGUGAUGCUUCCCUGGAUGCCAAAGUCCUGGGCAGCAAGGAUGCUGCCAGGCAGCAACAGAUGAGAGCCACCCCGAAGUUUGGACCUUAUCAGAAAGCGCUCAGGGAAAUCAGAUAUUCCCUACUGCCUUUUGCUAACGAAUCAGGCACAUCCUCAGCAGCAGAAGUAAACCGGCAAAUGCUGCAGGAGCUGGUGAAUGCAGGAUGUGACCAGGAGAUGGCAGGCAGAGCGCUCAAGCAGACAGGCAGCAGGAGUAUUGAAGCUGCCCUGGAGUACAUCAGUAAGAUGGGCUACCUGGACCCAAGGAACGAACAGAUUGUACGCGUCAUUAAACAGACCUCCCCAGGAAAGGUGGUCGCACCCAGCCCGGUGGCACGAAGGCCCAGCUUUGAAGGCACUGGCGAGGCGUUCGCAUCCUACCACCCGCUGGGUGGCGCGGCCUAUCAGGGCCCGGAGGAGAUGCAGCGGCCCUACGUGGACUUCCUCUUCCCAGGUGUCGGCCCCCACAGCGUGCCUGGUCACCAGCACACCGCCAAGGGCUACAGCGCGGCUGUGGAGCCGGCGGGCGCGCACUUCCCUGCCGCGGGCGCCGCACUGCCGCUGCCGGGCGCACACUACAGCCGCCCACACCUGCUGGUGGCCGCCGAGCCGCUGGGCUAUGCCGUGCAGCGCAGCCCGUCCUUCCAGAGCAAGACGCCGCCCGAGCCGGGAGGCUACGCCGGCCUGCCAGCCAAGGGCCAGGGAGCCCCGCCGGCCGCCACCCGGGACCUGGCUUUCCCAGCCCCUGCCCCGGGGCUGUAUGUGCCGCAUGGGCACCACAAGCCAGCGGGGCCUGGGACGCACCCCCUGCACGUGAUCGGGGCCCGGGGCCAGGGCUUCGCGGGUGACAGCGCCGCGCAGGGGCUGCUCGCGCCCUCCAGAAACAGCCUCAACGUGGACUUGUAUGAGAUGGCCGGCGCCCCGGUGCAGCAGUGGCCGACCGCCACCCUGGCCCGGCGGGACUCGCUGCAGAAGCCAGGCCUUGAGGCACCACGCCCACACGUGGCCUUCAGGCCCAGCGGCCCAGGGCCCAGCAGGACCAACUCCUUCAACGGCCAGCAGCUGCGGGCCGCCGCCGGCCAGGCCGAGCCCUCGCUACCCGCGCCCAACACCGUCACCACAGUGACGGCCGCGCACAUCCUGCACCCGGUGAAGAGCGUGCGUGUGCUGAGGCCCGAGCCGCAGACUGCCGUGGGGCCUUUGCACCCGGCCUGGGUGCCUGCCGCCCCGCCCACCGAUGGCCUGGAUACCAAGGAUGAGCACCCCCUGGGCCUGGGCGGUGCCAGCGCCCACCCGCUGGACGUGGAGUACAGCCCGGACCGCAGGUGCCCGCCGCCGCCCUACCCGAAGCACCUGCUGUUUCCCAGCAAGUCCGAGCAGUACGACCUGGACCUGGACAGCCUGUGCGCCGGCGUAGAACAGAGCCUCCAUGGGGGAACGCCCUCGGAGCCCGACAGGAGCGACAAGAGCCACAAGAGCGCAAAGGGGGACAAAGGAGGCAAGGACAAAAAGCAGAUCCAGACCUCCCCGGUCCCAGUCCGCAAAAACAGCAGAGACGAGGAGAAGAGAGAAUCGCGCAUCAAGAGCUACUCCCCGUAUGCCUUUAAGUUCUUCAUGGAGCAGCAUGUGGAAAACGUCAUAAAAACCUACCAGCAGAAGGUCAACCGCAGGUUGCAGCUGGAGCAAGAAAUGGCCAAAGCUGGACUCUGCGAGGCUGAACAGGAACAGAUGAGGAAGAUCCUCUACCAGAAGGAGUCUAAUUACAACAGGCUGAAGAGGGCCAAGAUGGACAAGUCAAUGUUCAUAAAGAUCAAAACCCUGGGCAUCGGUGCCUUUGGGGAAGUGUGCCUUGCCUGUAAGGUGGACACUCAUGCCCUGUAUGCCAUGAAGACCCUGAGGAAGAAAGACGUCCUGAACCGGAAUCAGGUGGCCCACGUCAAAGCAGAGAGGGACAUCCUGGCUGAGGCGGACAACGAGUGGGUGGUCAAACUCUACUACUCCUUCCAAGACAAGGACAGCCUGUACUUUGUAAUGGACUACAUCCCUGGGGGGGACAUGAUGAGCCUGCUGAUCCGGAUGGAGGUCUUUCCAGAGCACCUGGCCCGCUUCUACAUCGCCGAGUUGACUCUGGCCAUUGAGAGUGUCCACAAGAUGGGCUUCAUCCACCGAGACAUCAAGCCUGACAACAUUUUGAUAGACCUUGAUGGUCACAUCAAACUGACAGAUUUUGGCCUCUGCACUGGGUUUAGGUGGACUCACAAUUCCAAAUACUACCAGAAAGGUACUGGCUUUGACCUGCCACGUACAUUUCCUCACACAAAUACUGUUUUCCUUAGAUUCUUUGCUAGCCCAGAACUUCUGGUUGGGACUCCAAAUUACAUUGCACCGGAAGUGCUUCUGCGCAAAGGUUACACACAGCUCUGCGAUUGGUGGAGUGUCGGUGUGAUUCUCUUUGAGAUGCUGGUGGGGCAGCCACCCUUUCUAGCACCUACUCCCACAGAAACCCAGCUGAAGGUGAUUAACUGGGAGAACACGCUCCACAUUCCCGCCCAGGUCAAGCUGAGUCCUGAGGCCAGGGACCUCAUCACCAAACUGUGCUGUGCUGCUGACUGCCGCCUGGGGAGGGACGGUGCUGAUGACCUGAAGGCUCACCCGUUCUUCAGCACCAUUGACUUCUCUGGCGACAUCCGGAAGCAGCCAGCCCCUUAUGUCCCCACGGUCAGCCACCCCAUGGACACAUCAAAUUUUGACCCUGUAGAUGAAGAAAGCCCUUGGAACGAGGCCAGCGAAGGUAGUGCCAAGGCCUGGGACACGCUCACCUCCCCCAACAACAAGCACCCCGAGCAUGCCUUUUACGAGUUCACUUUCCGGAGGUUCUUUGACGACAAUGGCUACCCCUUCAGAUGCCCCAAGCCUCCCGGGCCAGAAGCUCUGCAGCCUGAGAACUCAGGUGUAGAGAAUUCCGACCUGGAUCAGAGCAAAGGCUGCCAGCCAGUGUACGUGUGAUUGACACUGGGCGCUGAGCUGGCUCUUCCAAGGUCAGAGGGUCACAGCCAGGUUUAAAGAGGACUCCAGUCUACCAGAGGCGCAUCUCUAGAUUCUGGCUGAUGGGCUGCAGAGAGGGUCGACGUGGCUCGGGACUGGCUCUGGAUGACCUUCCCUGCAUCAAGACGAUGUUUUUAAAGAUUCAGUACAGUUUAGAAAGAGCACUUAUUUUGUUGAUAUCCCUUUUUUCUUACUAAAUUAUAAGAAUUAACUCUGACAAAUCAUGCUGCUGUUAUUUUCUACAUUUGUAUUUUAUCCAAUAGCACUUAUUCACACUUAGGAAUAGACAUAAAAACUGAAAAACACAUAAUAAGAAAUCUCUGUGCAAUAAUGUUUAAAAAACAAAAGAUAACACUCUGCUCAAACUUCACAGAGACCAUUAUUUCACACAAUGGUUUUUGUUGUGUGUUUUUUCCCACAUUUCAAAAUUGUGAUACAAUGUUAAAA